CGCUCUUCCCAUCUCACAGACUGACCCACAUCCAGCACAAAGGACUACAACUGCUGACUCUGAUAACCCACAUCAUAUCAUCCGCCAGCAACACUGCAGUGGGAAAAUAAAUAAAUAAAAUGACAGUAAAAGGUUGCACCAACAGUCCAAACUGUUGAAGGAAACAUGCCUCCAAGCUAUGAAGAGGCAAAUGCAGGAUGUCCUGGUUACUACUAUGGUGAAGGAACUUUUUCCUGGGAUGACAUGUAUAUUAGACGAGUUUUUAUACGAAAGGUUUAUUCGAUUCUGAUGCUGCAGCUCUUUUCAACAGUAGCAGUUAUUGCUCUCUUCACAUUCUGUGCUCCAGUGAGGAUGUACAUUCAAACACAUCCUGUUUUAUACUCCUGGUCCAAUCUUCUGUUUCUUGUCACAUAUAUCUCAUUGGCUUGCUGCGGUGAUUUGAGGAGGCAGUUUCCAUGGAAUCUUAUUCUUUUUACAAUCUUUUGUGGUCUGCCCCUUGCUUUCUGUCUGGUGUCUUAUGUCAUGUUGUGCUAUGCUGUUGUUCCUGUUAGCCCUGUGUUUCCCUCCUGGAUGAUUAAAGACUCUCGUUUUGAGUUAACUCCUACGUCUCCUCGCUCCUCCAGUAGGCAAAUCGUGACAAUUUCUUGUGGAUUAUUGUGA